CCACAAAAGUUAUCAGCAGCUCAAUAAUAACAACAAAUUAAGUAUUAAUAAAAAUCAAUAUUAACAAAAGUUUGCAUUCAUUUGUCUGCGAUACCGUUACAUUCAUUUGCAAUUUAUUCGCGACCGCAUUAACAAAAGAAAACUCAAACAUUUUUUUAUUAAAGAAUUAAAAGAAACUGCAAGUUUAAAGCAAAAUAAUAUAUUAAUUAAUUAAACAUAUUACAAUCAUGACAGAUUUAAAGACAACUGUUACGCUAACAAGUGCCACGGUAGAGAAAAUGUCUCGUCACGAUAUGUUAGAAUGGGUCAAUAGCACCGUUCAUGGACAAUAUAAAAAAAUUGAAGAGCUGUGCUCUGGGGUGGCAUAUUGCCAAAUGAUGGAACUGUUGUUUCCCAAUACAGUGGGUUUGAAAAAAAUCAAAUGCAAUGCAAAAUUGGAACAUGAAUUUCUACACAACUUAAAGCUUUUCCAGGCUGCCUUUAUAAAACUCAAUUUCGACAAAUCCGUUCCAAUUGAUCGUUUAAUCAAGGGGAAAUUUCAAGAUAAUUUUGAGUUCUUACAAUGGUUUAAGAAAUUUUUCGAUACACAUUCGGCCGGUAAAGAGAAUUUGAAAGUACCAGCUGCCUUGGCAGCAGCAACACAUAAUGCCCCUAAGCCAAUAAGAAAACCAGGAGCACAACCAUUAACCGGGUCUGGAGCAUCGUCAAAGACUACCAAAUCGUCGGAUAUUUUGAAAACACCCAAAAGUGGUCAACAGCAUGACGAAAGAAUAGUUUCGCCUUCAAGUCUUCGUGUGUUGCAGGAGACACAGGAAGAAUUGAACAAACAAACCUUGAGUAUAGAACUGGAGCGGAAUACAUACUAUAAGAAACUAACUGAAAUUGAAGCCAUUCUUCAUGAAUCCAUAAAAAAUGAAGUCUAUGUUGAUUGGUGUAAUCGUGCGUUAGCCAUACUAUAUGCUGUGGAUGAUAAUGCUGCCCCCGGCGAUGAAGAAGAGGGUGCUGAAGGUUAUGGUGCUGUAACAGCCGAUUUAUAAAACCUUUAUUAUUAUUUUCUACUUAAAACUAUUAUGUAUUUUCUUAUUAUGUUUAUACAUGUAAUAAAAUUCUAAAUAAAUAUUA